GAAAUUGAUUUGGAUCAUGACGGAUCGUUAAGUGCAAGUGAGUGCUACGCUCUCCUAGCAGUACUCAAGCAAUGUUCUGCCGGUCAAUUGCGCAACUUGUUCUGUCGAUCAGAUGCAGACUCCAGUGGUACACUCGGAAGAGCAGAAUUCGAAGAAUUCCUCAAACGACUGUCACCAUCAUUAUUUGAUGCGACUAAGAAUGAAAGAAACGAUGAUUUGGAAUAUUUUCAUCAGCAAGUUUUGUCAAUGACACCGCAAACUGAAUAUGACGAGGAGGAGGAAUCGAACGGUUUUGAAAUGAUUGAGCACAGACCACGUCCAAAUGAUAUUCCGAUACGAAGCGAAGAAGAUGCUCGACGAGUGCUGAAUAAGCACGCAAGGAAUGUAUCAAUCCUUGUUCAAGCUGACUUAGACUCAAAUCAACUCGCUAAUUUUACCGAAACAUUGAGGCUUGUCAGCACUUAUCAAAAGUGCAAAAUGUUAGCAUCAGGUCAUCUACAAGAACACAAACGGAUAAGAUCCUAUGAGAACUGGUGA